AUGACACAUCAGCCUAAACAAGGAACGACUGCGCAUCUCGAUGAUGAGAUGUCACUGCUAAAGGAGCCUUUCAAGGACCUUCUCUACUUGGCACUGGCCUGCAAAAGUCUCAAAGCGACUGUCCUUCCACGUCUGUACGACAAGGAUGCAAAAGACGCACUCAAGAUCGAUCACCAACAGCCUUUAGCUCUUCAAUGGGCGAGCUGGUUUGGUGCCCUCAAUGCAGCAAAAGGCUCCCUGGAAGCCCUGGGGCGGACCGGUACAGAUGUUGGGGACAGGAUUAAUCGGCCUUUCCAAAACGAUCGCCUCUACGCCUUGAGAUAUAAGACGGUCCAGAGGAUGGGUCCUUCAGGCCCAGCCUAUGGGUAUCUGCAUUGGGGAAGCCGGAGCGGCCUUUUGCACCUGGCCUGCCUGCGUGGGAACACGGCAAUCGCCACAUUACUAUUGGACAAUGGUUUCAACCCAAAUGCUCCAGAUGGGAAGAGUCUGCCUCCCUUGGCAUACGCAUUGAAUGAAGAUGUGGCCAAACUGCUCAUCAGCAGAGGAGCGGACGUCAAUGCCACACACGACACCGACGAAACAGCUCUAUGCCAUCUCGUCUCCUGGGGACCAAUGGAUGACUGCGACUGGAGCAAAGAAACCAACAUGCCCGAGAGUAAGGGUGCUCUGAAUGCUCUGGACACUCGUCACAACCACUUGAGCACUAUUCGUUAUCUCGUCCAACAGGCCAACGCAGAUAUAUACGCAAAUACUAUAGGAAACAUCAGUCCCCUGCUUUCUGCCAUAAACAAGCGAUAUGUCGAAGCUGUCCAGCUUCUUCUAGAAGCAGGUGCUUCGCCAAAUCCGAUCAAUAGCCAGACAGGUCAGAAGAGGUUAUUGCUAGCAGAUGCGCUCAAGCGGAACCGGAACCACGAAGUUGUCAAAAUGUUACUGGAAGCUGGAGCAGAAGCUGAUCAUGAUACAGUGCCAGAAGGUGAUCUUUCGCAGUCGCAGGGCGAUGCGCUUCCCAUCAUGAACCUGAUAACGCCGCUGAGCAAUUCACUAUAUGCACAGGCAGAGGUUGACUUAGCCAGGCUUGUCUGUAGGAAGAUAAGACACUUUAAUAAGGUCAUUGGUGGGCAUACGCCGUUGUGGUACUACGUUAGAAAGGGGAGAGGGGACAUUGGUCAGGUUUUGAUAGAGCAUGGAGCAUGUCCCAAGCUGGCAAAUGUGGAAGUCCGCGAAGAUACCGUUCCGAGGCUAAUCGCACUCGAAUAG